AUGUCGGAUGAGGAGUUUGAUGAUGACUACAGUGCCAACGAACGAGAAAAGCAGGGAGAGGAGGGGGAGGAAGAGAAGGAGCCAACAGAGGAGGAGGAGGAGGAGAGCUUGUCUCCCCACCUUCUUACAGAAGAGAUCAUGAAGGAAGGCCUCUCCCUCUUGUGUAAAACAGGCAAUGGCUUGGCUCAUGCCUAUGUAAAACUAGAGGCAAAGGAAAAGGACCUGACAGAUAUCAGCCUUCUCCAGAACUACAUUCACUUGCGUUAUGUGGACUUGUCAGAGAACCAGCUGCGAGAUCUGUCUCCUCUGGGCAGCCUCAUCCACCUUCUGUGGCUGAAGGUGGAUGGGAAUCGGCUGAUCAGCGCCCGUCUCCCAGAGCUGCCCUACCUUCAGAUUGCCAGCUUCGCCCACAACCGCAUCAAGGACACAGAGGGCAUUACCCACCCACGCCUGGGCAGCCUCAACCUUAAAGGGAAUGAAAUCCAGGUGAUAUCGGGUCUGGAUCCAGGGAAGCUGACAAACCUGCACACGGUGGAGCUGCGAGGAAACAAGCUAGAAACCACCAUAGGGCUGCACCUGCCCAAGCUCAAGAACCUUUACCUGGCCCAAAACUUCAUUACCCACCUUGAGGGCCUGGAGGAACUGGUGCAGCUUACGACCCUGCAUCUACGUGACAACAGGCUUGAGACCCUGGAUGGCUUCUCUAAGAGCAUGAAGUGCCUGCAGUACCUCAAUCUGCGGGGGAACGGGAUUCUGAACCUUCAGGAGAUGGCAAAGCUGCAGGUUCUGCCCAUGCUGCGGGCACUGGUGCUGAUGGACAAUCCCUGUUCUGAUGAAGGUGAAUACCGGAUGGAGGCUCUGGUGCUGCUUCCCCGUCUUGAGCGUCUCGACAAGGAUUUCUUUGAGGAAGAUGAGCGGGCAGAGGCCGAGGAGACACGGCAGCGACGCCGGGAUGAGGAACAGGAAAUGGAGGAAUCUGCCCAAGGGGAAGUGACUGAGUGA